AUGGCCAGCUGGAAAUCCUAUAUUGACCACCUGAUGGCUGAUGGGACAUGCCAGGAUGCUGCCAUUGUUGGUUACAAGGAUGUUCCUUCUGUGUGGGCUGCUGUCCCUGGCAAGAUUUUUGCAGGCAUCUCUCCUGUGGAGAUGAAUGUGUUACUGGGGAAGGACCGCUCUCUGCUAUUUGUCAAUGGACUGACACUGGGAGGCCAGAAGUGCUCAGUGAUCAGAGACAAUCUGAUGAUAGAUGGGGAGUUCACCAUGGACCUGAGAACAAAGAGCAUUAAAGGAGAACCCACUUUCAACAUUACAAUCUCCCGAACAGCCAGAACUUUGGUUGUGCUAAUGGGCAAAGAAGGAAUCCAUGGAGGAAAUGUUAACAUGAAAUGUUUUGAGAUGGCUUGUUACUUAAGAAAUGCAGGGUAUUGAUGCUCCAGCUGUCCACUGUGGUUCUACUGAUGAAGAGAGUGAUUACUCUGACCAUGUUCAAGACUGCAACCCUUAUCUUUCACAAAGGAAAAAAGAAUAGAUCUUUCUGCUGCAAACU